UUUAUUUGAAAAACAUUUUUCGGCGGCCUUUGGCGUUGCCAGACUGCGACAAGCUUUCAAAACAUAAAUUUGAAAAACUUAUAAAUAGUAUUGGUUGCUGAUAUCACUUAAUAUUAAUUUUAUCCGCACGCUCCCCUAUUUUUAGAGAAGCAACCAAAAAGAUACGGGUGUGCUCCCGUUUUCUACGGCCUUGAGUUAUCAUCUCGCCACCUCCUUGACCGGAGAAAGUAUCUUCUCCGGACCAUGGCGCCUCUCACCUCAUCUCUGCAAUGCUCUGGCAUGAUCUUCCGGGUGUUGAUCUUUUAGGUCUUUGGGUAGUCGUCAUCGGGCCAUUAAUCGUUGAGGAACCACCAAUUUAGUUCCAACCUAGAGAAGCAUCUAACCUGUUGGAUGAGAAUUCUAUGAAAGCUCGGGAAGGAUUCGAAGGCCUUCAUCUAACUAGUUUUUUUUUUAAAUUUAGUUCUAAAUAAAUUCAAAACCUUAUACAAUAUGUCGUUCUACAAUAAAUACACCUUCGGCUGGAUCAUCCUGCUGGUUCUCGGAGUGGGCACUUCGCUGGGUCUGGUCUUCGAACGCCGGGACAAGCGUCGCAUGGGUGCUGUGGCGUCCAAUGGAGUGGGUUGCGCCGAGAUAGCGGGCACCAUCCUGGAGCUGGGAGGAUCGGCUGUGGACGUCAGCAUUGCCACGAUGCUCUGCGAGGGCAUCAUGCUGCCACACGGCAUGGGCAUAGGUGGUGGCUUUGUGGCCACCAUUUACACCAAGGAGACGGGCUUAGUCGAGAGCUUGGUGGCCAGGGAAACAGCUCCGGCGGCAGCCACGCAGGACAUGUUCGAGGACCGGAACAUCACCGGAGCUAUGGCGUGCGCCGUGCCCAGUGAGAUCUACGGAUUCUGGAAGAUGCACGAAAAAUACGGCCGCCUUCCAUGGAAGCGCCUCUUCCAGCCGGCCAUCGAUCUCUGUCGGAACGGCGUCAAGGUCAGCUACAAACUGGCUGCUUCCCUCGUCUAUAAGGAGAAACGAAUCCGCAGUGAGCCCUCCAUGGCGGAGAUCUUCAUCAAUCCCAAAACGAAUGAUAUCUACCGAGAGGGCGAGAUCAUGUACCGUCCCAAGCUGGCGGAGACCCUGGAAAUGGUGGCCAACGAAGGAGCAGAGGUCAUCUACCGGGGUGGCCGGGUGGGCCGGGAGCUGGUGGAGGAUAUUCAGGCCAUGGGCGGCAUUAUUACUGAAGACGAUCUCCAGAACUACGAAGUGCGCUGGGAACUGCCGCUCCAUUCCCGCUUCAACGGGGACUACGAACUCUACACCUCGCCCCUGCCCACCGGUGGAGCAGUCCUGAUCUUCAUCCUAAACGUGAUGGAGUCCCUCUUCACCACCAACAGGAACCAGUACUGGCAGCGACUGAUCGAGGCCUGCAAGCAUGCCUACGGGCAUCGCUCCAAUCUGGGGGACAUCCACUUCGAGCCGGACGUCAAGGAGACUUACAAGAAACUACUGGAUCCCCUAUUCGCAGCCGAGGUCAGGAAACUGAUCCAGGAUGACCGCACCUUUGAGAACAUGUCGUACUACGGCGCACAGUUCGCCGGCGUGGAGGACCACGGCACUGGCCACAUCGCCGUUCUGGCUCCGAAUGGAGACGCCGUUUCGGUGACCAGCACCAUUAAUAACAUUUUCGGCGGGAUUGUUCGCUCCCGGCAGACUGGAAUAAUAUUGAACAACCAGAUGGACGACUUUAGUUCGCCGGGACGGAGUAAUGACUCCGAGAUGCCGGCCAGUCCCAAGAACUUCAUCAAGCCGGGCAAGCGGCCCAUGUCCUCCACGUGUUCCAGCAUCAUCCUGGACGCCCAGGGAAACGUUAAGCUGAUUAUCGGUGGGUCGGGAGGCGUCAAGAUACCCACAUCCCUUGCCCAGACCCUUCUGCGCCAUUUCGUGCUCAAGGAACCCCUCGAAGAGGCCAUUAGCUCCGGCAGAUUCCACCAUCAACUGGCCCCGAUGCUUCUGUAUGUGGAGGACCGACUGCCGAAGGAAACAGUGGCCUACUUUGAAAGUAUUGGACACAAGAUCGGCCAUUUCUUUGAGAAGAUUACCUUUUCCUCCCACACGGCGAUAGUCAUGGAGGAGGGAGAGCCUUAUCCCAUCUGCGAUAGGCGGAGAUUCGGGAGUACCGUAGUGGUUAAGGUUCCAUGAGAGGGCACACCAUUGUUACUAUCUAGUUAGUUUUAUUUUU